GGUUUCCAGUGUGUGCAUGGGAGCAUGGGAGUGAACCUGAGGUUCACUCGAGGAACCCCAAAUUCAACGAAUCCCUCAGAAAAGUCAGAUGUGAAACUUGGAUCAGAAAGCACUUAUAGCAGCUAAAAGAAAAUGCAAGGAUUGAGAUAUCUGGUCCUUCUGGUGUGUAUCAGUUUUACCGCCUCGGUUGGGAUUUGUGAGGGGAAAUCUUUAGGUGAAAUUCCCUAUUUGGAAGAUGCAAGGUUUAUAGAGCUUGAAGAAGAAGACAACAAUAAUGACAAGUUGGAAAGCUUUUUAGGGUUAAUGAAGGAAGAUUUUUUGAAGAAGUUGAAUUUAUCAGGUGUGCCGCAGGAGCACAGGAAAGUUCAGCCUCCUCAGUACAUGAUGGACAUCUAUAAUAAGUAUGCAUCUGAUGAAACUUCAAUGCCUCGGUCUGAUGUCAUUCGAAGCUUUAUCAUACAGGAUGUGACUUAUUCUGUCAGACAUGGCAACAAAACACAACACAGACUUCUAUUCAACGUUUCCAUCCCAAGUCAUGAAAAAAUUACAUUGGUUCAGCUCAGGCUGUUCACUCUCUGGGACGGUGUUAAAACCUCCUACAAUAACUUUCUCGCCUCCGUUAAUGUUUAUUACGUAGAAAAUGUACAAAACACGAACAUUUUAUCUUUUUUGGAUGGGAGAGAUGUAACUGAGGCCAUAAACGCAUGGGAGGCUUUUGAUGUGACCACGGCUGUGAGGAGCUGGCAUGAAUCUGGACAUGGAGCAGGUGAACUCCAGGUGGAGCUGGAACAAGACACCAAUUCCCUUAAAGAUGGAUGGCUUGACAUAAGUCUUGGUUUAGAGGACAACACCUCAGCGGUUUUAAUAGUAUUUUCAGACGAUCUAGAGAACAGAAAGGCCGAAUCAAUGAAUGAGGUAAUGGAGAUGCUUCUUCGUGAAAAAGAAGUAGAGUUUUUGGACGAUCGUGAUCACGUGGACCAGCAUCCCAGGAGAAAGAGGAAAGCGAAGAACAAUUACUGUCACAGGACAUCGCUGAAGGUGACUUUUAAAGACAUCGGUUGGGAUAAAUGGAUCGUUGCCCCACCCGAGUACGAGGCUUACGAGUGCAAAGGGGUGUGCAGUUAUCCGCUGACGGAUGAUCUAACCCCCUCCAAACACGCCAUCAUCCAAACUUUGGUUAAUUUGAACGAUCCGAAAAAGGCAAACAAGGCAUGUUGUGUCCCAACUAAGCUGGACCCAAUUACUGUUAUGUACCAAGAGAAGGGUGUGGUCACAGUCCGACAGCUAUUUAAGGACAUGAAAGUGGCGGAGUGUGGGUGUAGGUAGUGUUUGGCUGGUACAGGAUCUGUGUAAAAAAAUGUAGCCAUACCAUGCAAAAAUAGUAGGUGUUGUAUUUAAUUUAUGCUUAAUUUUAUUUAAGAUACCAGAGCGGUUUUAGGGGGAUUUCACAGCAUCUGGGCUUUUUGUUUUGGAUUUUAAAGGAAAACACCACCGUUUUUCAAUAUUUUACUAUGUUCUUACCUCAACUUAGACAAAUUAAUACAUACUUAUCGUUAUUCAAUGCAUGCACCUAACAUUUGUACAGCGCAUUGUGAAUUUGUUAGCAUUUAUCCUAGCCCCAUUCAUUCCUUAGGAUCCCAAACACUCGGAGGCCUCGAUGCUUAAAAAACUCUCGCAUGCAUAGCUAGGAGUCUCUUUGUUGUCAUUUUUGUGUAGCCUUACAUCUACAAAAAAUAUUUUUAAGCAUUUUGAAAUCGGUAGGGGUGCUGGAACAAACCUGAGAUCCUAGAUCAAGCCACAUAUAUGUCCCAAGAGGUCAAAGCCCUUGUAGUGCCAUAUAGAUCCUCCAAUGCUGUGCACUGUAUAAUGUAUGUAUGUAUAAAUAUUUAAAUCUUAUUUCAUUUAUUUUCUUUUUUACAAACUAAUUCUAAGUAUUCCAAUAAUGUGACUGCAGCAGCUCGCAGAUAGUGUUCAGCGCUCCCUGCUGGAUGUGCUUGUUCGCCAGGUGGUUAUAUCUAACUCGAUAUUUCCAAGUGUGCAGUCUGUUUUAUCUUCAAAGGGGAUGUUUGUCACAUUAAUACAAGCUUAAUCAGCUUGUAAGCUUGUAAGUUUUAAAUAAUAAACAUACCCUAUGCUUUUAUCAAAUAUGUCUAUUCAGUCCUUUGGCUGUAAUGAGUGAAUAUUUAAUUUACGUUUUUUUAUAUCAAAAACUAUUUUUUAAAACACAGUGUCCACAACUACACUUUUGGUUGCAUUUCCU